AUGGAGAAAAAUUGUCUAUUUUUUGGACCCUUUAAGGAAAGCAGUGUUAGCUUUAGAGUCAAGAUCAGUAACACUUUCCAACUGUUUUUUAAACUUGGUAUGAUUGGCAGCAGUUUUAAAAAAAUUACCAAAAAUCAUUCAAUCAAACAUUCUGUAAUCAUUGUUUUAAGGAAUACACCUCUCAAAAAAGGAGCAUAUGCAAAGGUUGUCAAAUGUGCAAUGACAAUUGGGAAAAGGUUAGAAUUUGACCUCCAUGAGUCAAAAAUCUUGUGUGUGCAGUUACGAAAAUAUAAGGAUCAUGAAGAGCCAUUUGACCUUGAUAUUGUUUGCUGUUCAGAUGAUCCUAGAAGCUGGUGGAAUCUUAUUGACACAGAUUCACAACCAGAUACUCUUUCAACAUUAGCAUGUCAUCUGUUUUCAAUAUGCCCAAAUUCUGCAAGUUGUGAAUGUGGAUUUUCUAUGUUUGGAUAG